AUGCGAGCCCGCAUCCCCAGUCAUGUGUCUCAGGCCCGGCCUGCUGCCUGAGCCAGGAAGGCGCGGCGCCCCCUGCAGUCCUCCGCCAGAUCAGCUCCCGAUCCCAGCUCAGGCAGCGGCAGCAGUGCCGGUCAGCUCUGGGCUUUUAGUCACAGGCUGGGGGAGGCUCUAGGCGAUGGCUGAGCACCCAAUUGUUUGUUUCGGGCCCUCAGUGACCAGCGAGGGCACUUGCAGAACCACCUCAGACAUCACCAGGAAAUGGUGGAUUACAUGAUAAAGCAGCAGGAGGAUUUUGAGCCUUUUGUGGAGGAUGAUGUGCUCUUUGAGAAGCACGUUACCAAUUUGGCAAAGCCUGGUACCUUUACUGGCAACGAUGCUAUUGUGGCCUUUGCAAGGAACAAUCAAAUGAAUGUGGUUAUUUAUCAGCUUAAUGCUCCACUGUGGCAGAUUCAGGGCACGGUCAAAAACAAUGUGAGGGAACUGCAUAUUGCAUAUCAUUAUGGAGAGCACUACAACAGUGUGAGGAGAAUCAAUGACGAUUCUGAGGCUCCAGCAUAUCUUCAGAUGGAGAUGCUUUGCAAAAAUGAUUUGAAUAGAGAAGUGAAGCCACAGAAGAGUGACUCUGAAGAUGAGAUUGAAGUUGAAAUGGAAGAUGCUAUCCAAAAAGCGUGUAAUGCGACUGGAUGUUCAGACAUCGAUUUAGUAAGACAGAUUCUGGAAGUGGAAGACUACAAUAUAGAAUCUGCAAUAUUUGCCAUCUUUCAAGUGAAAGAAGUGGAAAGAAUCAGUGCUGAGGAGCAGCGUGAUCCCCAGAGCAAGGAUCAGAAAUUGUGUAGCAGAACUCUGCAGGAAGAAAAUGAAACUGGUUCAAGAAUCUUUGGAAGGAGCUUGCAGCAGAAUGAAAUAGAAAACAACAAAGGGCAGGCUAGAUCCAAUGAAGAGAAUCGAGCUAGCAGAAACACAAAGGCAUCUAAAAAACAAAAGAAGGAACAGCAGCGGCUAGAGAAGAAGAAGCGGCAGGAAGACAGACACUGACAAAAGGUCUUGGCCAACAAGAGUAACUGUGCAGAUAACAGCAGGAGAGAAACAGACUCAAACAACCACAUCACCUUGGUGAAGGCCAUGGCAGCUCUAAACAUAUGACUGAACGUGUUCUCAGUGCUCUGGUGAGAAAAGCAAAUAAAACUGAUGAAGACAAAACUCCCGUAAAGUAAAUUUCCAAGUACCAAGUGUUAUCUUAAAAUCCGUUUCUGCGGAGACCUCUAAGCACCCGUGAACUUCCUGUUUCUUCGGUUGGUGAGCGAACAAUUAUUCAAUAAUUCUGCAUCCAUCGACCUGUGUGUGAGAAGAGUUGUUUGAACUUAACAAAAAGUAGAGACUUGGGUUUAUAGUUUUGGAAUUAGAUGAAGGCAAGAACCUUCUCUUCACAUUGCAGUGUCAGAGUUGCUUUGACAUCUCGUGAUGUGCUUAGAUUUAUUUUUUUUUAUAUAACAACUU